CGCGGUGAGGUGGUGAUUUGUGAUUGAAUGCGCAGGCUGGUUUGACACCGGCUGUGUUUUUGUUUGUGUUUUUGUUGUUCAGCCGAUGUUUUGCUGUGGUGUUAAAUGUUUGCUGUGGUGUUAAAUCUUUGGAGGUAAAGUGGUGCUUGUGAAGCUGAUGUUAGCCUAGCACAGGGGUGCAGUCAUGUCUGCAGGAGGGAUCCAUGGACUCCUCCUCAAACUUCAUGAAUCACUUUCAGAAGAAGACUCUCGAGCUGCUGCGUUGAAAUGUCACGAUAUUGUGCGCGACUUGGGGCAAGAAUGCAUGCUAGCACCAACCGAGAAUGAACUUGCUUUACAGACGUCCUUAUUGUUCUCAAAAGACGAUGGACUGCUCAUCUUCCUCAGGAAGUCCCUGCCAUCAGACGAGCUCCGGGACUCCAGAGUCGACAUCUUGUGUUUUUUGGAGAAAUUCUUGGACCGAGUCUCACCAAGAGUCAAAGGAUGGGAGAAGAUGUACGCCACUGACAUCAAAGACACAUGCAUGGCCAUGUACACAAAGGAAAAAGCAGCCAAAUGCAGGACUCCAACUCUGGAGCUCCUUAUUAAGGUUCUCCAAACCACAAAAGCAUCCAGCGUGGCUGCAGACCUUCGAAUCUGUGAUAUAUUUAACCGAUUUUACAGCGAGCUCUGUCAGAAGAGCAAACUGUCAGAUUCUGUCCUGGGAAAAAUCUAUGAGCUGCUGGGAGUUCUUGCAGAGGUUCAUCCCAGCGAGAUGGUCAACAACUCUGACAAACUGUACAAAGCUUAUCUCGGGGAGCUCAAAGAACAGAUGACCUCAGCAACUAAGGAACCAAAACUCAUUGUUGUCGCUGGAUGUUUAAGAGGACUCACAGCUCUUAUGGUCAACUUCUCUAAAACCAUGGAGGAAGAUCCAGCCACGUCUAAGGACAUAUUUCAGUAUGCCCUGAAGGCGAUCAGUCCCCAGAUGGAAAUGACUCGCUAUGCUGUCACGUUUGCUGGGCUGCGGUUGUUCGCCAGACAUGCUUCUCAGUUCAGCAGCUGCCUGAUGGAUCACUACAGAGCUCUGUUUGAUGUCAUGUCCAAGCUCUGUGGACACAUCAAUGCUGAGAUGAAGAAGACGAGUUACUACGCACUCGAAGCCUUCCUCAAACAGGUUGCGAUGCUGGUGGCCGAGAAUAUUGAGGAGCACAAAAGCAAGUUGAAGUUCUUCAUGCAGAAGUUCUGCGGCAUCAUAAAGACGAUGGACUCCACUCAUAAGGAAUUGUCCAUCGCCAUACGAGGAUACGGAUUCUUUGCAGGUCCGUGUAAGAAAGUGUGCCCGCAGGACGUGGACCUGAUGUACACAGAGCUGAUUCAGCGCUGUAAGCAGAUGUACCUGACCGAGUCUGACGGAGAGGACGACAGCUUCUAUCAGCUGCCCAGCUUCCUCGACUCCAUCGCCAGCGUCCUGAUUCAUCUGGACAAGGUCCCAGAGGUGUACACUCCUCUGCUGGAGCGCCUCCUAGUGGUACAGAUCGACAGCUUCCCUCAGUACAGUGAGAGGAUGCAGACUGCGUGCUGCAGGUCCAUCCUGAAGGUGCUGGUGGCCAUGGCCUCUAAAGGACCUGUUCUGUUGAGUUUUAUCAGCUCUGUGGUGCACCAAGGCUUGAUUCGUGUCUGUUCGAAACCCAUCAUGAUGUCUGAGGAUAAAGACAACGCGUCAUCUGAGUCCUCACAGGUCCGAGUUGGAAAGUGGAAAAUUCCCUCCAGUCAGAAUUACCUCGUUCUGUAUAAAAACCUGCUGGACUGUGAUCGGCUGAAGGACUCAGGGUUUUUGGACGGAGCUUUUGAAAGUCAGAACGCUUCUCUCCUGUCUUUGAGUCGUCUCCUUUAUGAUGAGCUGGUGAAGUCCAUUCUCAGGAUUGUGGAAAAGUUGGACCUGUCGGUGGAGAAAGUGACUCCAGGAGAGGAGGCCCCUGAUGAUGUGGCCCACGUCCUGCCCUCUUCAGACCCCACAGCUCACCUGUUGCCCAAUAAGAUCAAAGACUUCACUGCCUUCAUUAACCUGGUUGACUUCUGCAGCGAGCUGUUGCUGAAUAAUCACGUGGAGUAUUUUCAGUCCUGGGUGUAUCAUCUGAGCCACGAGCUUAUCCUGCACUCCAUCAGAAACCCGCUCGUCAGUGGCUUUUACAAACUGCUCUCAGUCAGCAUGAACGUUUCCAAGAGAAUCAAAUACUACCAGGGAGUCGGUCUGAAAAGCUCUUCGACCCUGCAUAGUGAGCCGGUGAAAAGUGCCUGUUUUGCGCUCCUCUCUAAGUUUGGAAAAGAGGUGUGUGUGAGAAUGAAGCAGUACAAAGACGAGUUGCUGGCCUCCUGCCUCACGUUUGUCCUCUCGCUGCACCACAACAUCGUAGCUCUCGACAUCAAGGCCUACUGUCCUGCUCUGGAGGCGGCUCUGAAGCUAGGUCUGAGCCAUGUUCCUCUGGCCAACGUAGCCCUCGAUGCUCUUGAAGACUGGUCCUACAACAUCCCUCCAGGGACGAUGCAGCCGUGCUACACCAACAUCCUCCCUCUGCUGGACGGAUACCUGAAAACCACCUCCCCUGACAACAAAGACGACAGCAACUGGGAGGUGAUGUCCUCUGUGUCUUCAAGGAGUGAUCAAGGAUACAGCCGAGUGAUGACCCGGCUGUUGAAGAAAUCCAACCAGCUCACCAUGGAAGAUGCUCCUCUUGUUGCGGUGAGGCUCAGGGUGGUGAAGUUACUCGGUCACCUGGGAGGAAAGCUGAACAGGAACCUUGUGACAGUGGUGUCAUCAGAGGAGAUGAUGAAGAAAUUUGUGGCCUGGGACUCCGAGAAAAGGCUCAGCUUUGCUGUUCCGUUCGCUGAUAUGAAGCCGGUCAUCUACCUCGAUCCGUUCCUUCCACGCAUCAGUGAACUGGCUCUGUCCACCAGUGACAGGCAGACCAAAGUGGCAGCCUGUGAGCUGCUGCACAGCCUGGUGGCCUACAUGGUGGGAAAAAGUGCGCAGAUGGUUGAAGGGACAAAUACUUUGCCCCCAAUGUACAAGCUGCACAAGAGGCUGUUUCCAGUCCUGCUGCGUCUGGCCUGUGAUGUGGAUCAGGUGACCCGUCAGCUUUUUGAGCCGCUGGUUAUGCAGCUGAUCCACUGGUUCACAAACAACAAGAAGUUUGAGAGUCAGGAUACUGUCGCUGUUCUGGAGGCCAUUAUGGACGGGGUGGUUGAUCCGAUGGACAGCACUCUCAGAGACUUCUGUGGCCGCUGCAUCGAAGAGUUUGUCAAAUGGUCGAUCAAACAAACCACCCCGAAGCAGCAGGAGAAAAGCCCCACCAACAUGAAGUCUUUGUUUAAGCGCAUCUACAGCCUGGCCCUCCACCCAAACGGCUUCAAAAGACUCGGUGCAGCUUUAGCCUUCAACAGCAUCUACAGGCUGUUCAGGGAGGAAAGUUCACUGGUGGAGCAGUUUGUCUUCGAGGUUCUCGUCAUUUUUGUUGAAAGUUUGGCUCUGGCACACGCAGACGAGAGAUCCAUGGGUACACUGCAGCAGUGUGGCAGUGCCAUCGAUCAUCUGAAAAGAAUCAUCAAACAGAAAGCUCCCAGCCUCAACGAGCAGAGUGCGAAGAGACGAAUCCCCAGAGGUUUCCCUCCUGAUGAGAAGCUGCGCCUCUCUGAUGUGGUUCUAUGGCUUCUGGAACAAUGCGGCCGACCUCAGACUGAGUGUCGACACAGAUGCAUGGGGCUCUUCUACGAGUUUACACCUCUCCUCCCAGGAAAUAAGUCUGCAUCUCAGUGGAUGGAUGGCAUGCUGAAGGAUCAGGGCAUGGGCUUCCUGAUCUCACGGUUUGAGGGUGGAGGUCUCCUCUCCCAGCCCACGCUCAGAGACCUGGGGGGUCCUUUCAGCGUCAGGGCCACCCUGCAGUGGAUGGAUCUGCUGCUGGCUGCUCUGGACUGCUACAACACCUUCAUCAACUUACACAUAAUCAAGCCUCACCAGAUGAUCAGUUUGGAAGAGAAGUCAAGCUUUCUGAAAGCUGUGAGUUUCUUCCUUACUGAGCUGGCGACUCGUGACCUGGCGGCAGCAGAGAACUGUUUUGCUUUCGGAGAGAAGACGUCUCACUUCAGCCCGAGAGAGGUGGACCAGUAUAACUUCAGCAAGUGCACCAUCCUCGUCCGCCUGCUGGAGUUCUCCACCAUGAUCCUCGUUAAAGGAGAGCAGGACUUCUGGAAGCUCCUGGAGGCGGAUCUUUUCAUCUCAGCUUUCUUUGAGCUGACCGCACACGUGGUGUGUGAGCCAUCAUCUGUCGGCUUCAACAUGGCCGACGUAGAGGUGAUAAAGAACCUUCCAGCAGUGUGUGUUCCUCUACUGAAGGCUCUGCUGGCCUCCCCUUACAGCUCUCGUAUUGAAAGCAGUCUGCGGACAAAAAUUUCACGUAAAAGUGUGGAGGAGUUGUGUGCUGUAGACCUCUAUCAGUGCAGUACCGUGAGCCACCAGGACCAGAUGGAGAUGGUUCUGUCGUCCUGCAAACAGAUCCACAAAGCCGGCUUCCUGAACUCCAUCCUGCACAGUCAGGAUGACGUCUAUGCAAAGUCCCUGGGGUCCAGACUCCUGAUGAUGGUGUAUAAAGGUAUCGCUCCAGGUGAGGACAGGAAGGCGCUUCCAUCUUUGGACAUCAACACCAAGAGACUCGCAGACGGCCUGCUCCAGCUCUCCUUCUCUCUGAGUGAACAGAGUGAGCGGCUGGUGGAGUUACUGUUAAACACCAUCAUGCUCUCUGUGCCCAUAUCUGGAAGUCACAGCCACAACUUCCUGAGCUUCUCACACGGCGAGUACUUCUACAGCCUCUUCCAGACGACCAUCAACAACGAGCUGCUGAGACAUCUGAACUCCACCGUCCCGCAACUCAUGAAAGCUUCAUCUCAAAACCCCAGCAUGGUAAGUGUGUUGCUGAACGGCAUGCUGGACCACACCUUCAGAGAGCGCUCUGUGAGGAAGACUCAGGGGAAGCAGCUGGUGGAGGAGGUGCUGAAAAGAUGGAACAGCCUGCAGUCGUGGUGGGAAGGAUCGUCCUCAACUGCUGAGAGCAAAACAGCCACUCUUCUUCUACUCUCCAAACUCCUGCAGAUCGACUCCUCUGUCUGCUCUGAUAUUAACCACGACGCGUUCAGAGAUGUGUUUUCCACUUUCACUCUGCUGCUGGUUGACAUGACUCUGCCCCUCAAUCUAAAGAGUCAGGCCCUGCUGGUGUUACCUUUCUUCACCGUUCUCCCUGCGGAGCCGCUCGCCGAGCUGCAGAGAGCUCUGGACGCACUGGUGGUCUCUCACUUCCCCAUGACAUCAGACGAGUUUGCUAAGGGCUCGCUGCACCGAAACAACUACAUGGACUGUGUCAGAAAGUUGCUGGAUGCCCUCGAGCUCUCUCACAGUCCUCUCCUGCUCAAACUGAUGGCAGGAAUUCUGUGUCGAGACCGAAAACACAUCAUGGAGGAGAACUUCCAAACCUGCUUUCAGAGGAUCGCUAAGCGUUCGAGCCCUGAGCGUCAGCUGCAGCUGCUGUGUGCAGUUUACCAGGUGAUCCAGGAGGGCGAUGUGCCGAUGAGCUUCAUGCUGCAGGCCAUGAUGGAUAGAGUCUUGCUGCCUCUGGUCUCUCACUGCAGCACCAAGGCCCUAAACGACUUCUUUGUGGCAAAUGUCUCUGACAUCACCACUUUACUUCUCAGCCGCUUCACCAAGUCAAAUGAAUCGACAUUCGAGACUCAGCUGCUGAAGAAGAACGGCUGCUUCAAGCUGAUGGAGCUGCUGUAUUCUCGCCUCCCCAAAGAAGAGGUUUACUCGAAGGAGUCUCGCAUCAACCAGGCGUACUGCCGAUCUCCGAACACGGAGGGCAACGAGCUCUCCAAGAUACUGAUCAAGUCCUGUGUUGAGGCCUUCACUGAGAACAUGGCAGGUGAGACUCAGCUGCUCGAGCUGAGGAGAUUCUAUCACUGCGCUGCAUAUAACUGUGCCAUCGCCGUCAUCAGCUGCAGCUUCAGUGAGCCCAAGUUUUAUCACGGCUUCCUCUUCAGUGAGAAACCAGAGAAGUCUCAGUUCAUUCUAGAAAACAUCAUCGAUGUUAAGAGGACCUACAACUUUCCCAUUGAAAUUGAGGUGCCACUUGAGAGGAAGAAGAAGUACUUCAUGAUUCGAAAAGAAGUGAGCGAGGAGAAUGGAGAAGCUCCGGUGUAUCUGUCCUCUCAGUCGUACAUGGCCGACAGCAGCCUGAGUGAGGAGAUGAGUCAGUUCGAUUUCUCCACCGGGGUUCAGAGCUUCUCCUACAACUCCCAGAACCCUGAGGGACACAGACGCACCGUCGCCAGAAGAGACACAGAGGAGACAAACCCAUCCCAGGACGCGAUGGUGGAUCUAGAAAUGGAUGAGCUGAAUCAGCACGAAUGCAUGGCGACUGUGACUGCUCUCAUUGGACACAUGCAGAGGAACAACAUCACCCCCAAAGUUGAACAGGGGAACACGCCCAGUGACCUUCCUCCAUGGAUGAAAUUUCUACAUGCCAAACUCUCCAAUCCAACCACACCUCUGAACAUCAGGCUCUUCAUCUCAAAGCUGAUCACCAACACAGAGGAGGUGUUCCGACCGUAUGCUAAACACUGGCUGGGGCCGCUGUUGCAGCUGGUUGUCUCUGGGAACAAUGGAGGAGAGGGGAUCCACUUCAUGGUGGUGGAAAUCGUGGUCAUAGUGCUCUCCUGGACAAGCAUAGCCAGCCCCAAGGAUAACCCCAGAGAUGAAGUGCUGGCUAACCGUCUGUUAGAGUUCCUGAUGAAACACAGUUUUCACUCUAAGAAAGCAGUUUUCCGACACAACCUGGAGAUCAUUCGCACUCUGGUGGAGUGCUGGAAAGACUGUCUGCAUGUGCCAUACAGUUUGAUAUACGAGCGAUUUUGUGGCACCGACCCGAACAGUAAAGACAACUCUGUCGGACUCCAGCUGCUGGGAAUCAUCCUCGCCAACAACCUCCCUGCCUAUGAUGCAGCGUGUGGCAUUGACUAUGACAAGUACAUCCAGUCUCUCACCAACAACGUGUCCUAUGUGAGGUACAAGGAUGUCUACGCAGCUGCUGCUGAAAUAAUUGGCCUCGUCCUGAAGAAUAUGAGCAACAUGAACGACGAUAAUCAGGAACUUCUCAGUCUUGCUGCGACUAAGAUAACUCAUCUGAAGAAGAAAGAAAUGGACGACAAGUUCAUCGUGUGUUUGAACAAAGUGUCGAAGCACUUUCCACCAUUCAUGGAUCGGUUUGUAAACUAUGUGUUCUUCUUGCUGCCGAAGCUGCACGGCAUCUUAAAGACUCAAUGUUUGGAGUGCGUGCUGAGCCGGGCUGAAGUUAUUCCUGACAUCUUCAUGCAGCUGAAAACCACCGGCAUGAUUCAGAUGAUGAGUCACAGGGAUGAAGCGAGGCAGAGAGUGUGCCUGGACAUCAUCCAUAAGAUAAUCGCUCUGCUGACUCCGGUUCAGCUUCAGGAGCUCCUGGGAGCCGUGACGGCGUUUGUCUCUCAUCCUUCACCUGUGUGCAGAGAAAGGAUGUAUGACAUCCUUAUGUGGAUCCAGGACAACUACAGUGAUGCAGAGAGCAUGGAAGAUGAAACGUCAGUGGAGGUUUUAAAUGCAACCAAAGAGACACUUCUUCAGGGACUGUCUGAAGAAAACCAGGGACUUCAGCUGUAUGUUCGUAACUUCUGGAGUCAGGAGAAGCGUCUCCCCACUGCCACCCUGGAGCGGAUGUUGACCGUGCUUCGCUCCCUGUACUCCUCUCAGAUUGAAAGAUGCUUCUUAAGCCUGGCCACCAAUCUGCUGCUGGAAACGACCAGCCAGAGUCCUGACUUCUCCAGACACAUGUUUGAGUAUCCUCUGUCAGAGUGUACCUUCCAGGACUACGUGAUUGACUCUAACUGGCGCUUCAGGAGCACAGUGAUGACUCCUAUGUUUGUUGAAACCCAAAGCUCUCUGGGCCCAGAGAGUGUGGCAGCGUCACAGUCCGGGUCCAUGAAGGGGAAAAUCAGAGCCACUCAGAGUACACUAGAGUUCUCCCAAACCCAAACAACAGGUCGGAGUACGACGUAUAACUGGCUGACCGGCAGCAGCGUGGAUACUCUGGCAGAGUAUUCCCUCGGCUCUGAGUCUCUGUCUUCCUUGUUGGUGUUUGAUAAGAAAUCAGAGAGGCAAACUGCGGCCAGGAGACCAGUGGGAGAAGGAUUUGGCCUGAAGCGUCUGACUGCGUCAACAGAUGAAGUGGACAGUCGCACCAAAGCAGCAAACGAGCAGCGCAAUAACAUCCUGAGAUUGAGACGCAGAUUCCUCAAGGAUCAGGAGAGAGUAAGCUUGAACUAUGCACAAAAAGAGAUCCGACAACAAAGACAGAGAAAGGAAGAUAAAGCCGAUCAGAGGCUGCGGAAAGAGGCUCAGGUGACUCUUUAUCGUAACUACAGAGUGGGAGACUUUCCUGACAUCCAGAUCACCUACAGCAGCCUCAUCACCCCCCUUCAGGCUCUGGCCCAGAGAGAUCCAAUCUUAGCCAAACAGCUGUUCAGCUCCCUGUUCGCUGGAAUAAUCCAAGAGGUGGAAACACACAAACCCAGAGGAGAGAGUGCGAGAGUUAAAGAGGAGCUGCAGUCAAACAUGAACUCUUUCCUAAGCAAGAGCAGCCUCUGCUUCCCUCCAUUCAUAGCGUGCAUACAGGAUAUGUGCUUCCAGCAUAAGGAGCUGCGGCAUCUGGACCCAGCAGCCAUCAGCUCCACCUGCCUGGUGAGUCUCCAGCAGCCGUCAGGGAUCCUGCUCCUGGAGGAGGGUUUGUUACACGCCGCUGGACACGAUGAACCUCCUACAAAACGGUCGAGAGGACGCAAAGAAAUCCCCCCAGAUACCAAGAAAUGGAUCAACCUCGCAAAGCUGUACAGAUCUUUGGAGGACUAUGAUGUCGUACGUGGAAUCUUUGGAGGUAAAGUUGGGACCAAGUCGAUCACCUGUGCUGCGCUGCAAGCUGAAGCCAACUCAGACUUUGCAGAAGCUGUGAAGCUUUACAAUGAGGCUUUGAACACAGAGGAGUGGAGCGACGGUGAGCCCACAGCCUCAGAGAGGGAUUUCUGGGACCUUGCUGCUAUGGAGGCGUACGGUCACCUGACUGACUGGAAGUCUCUGCAGUACUGCUCCACAGUGUACAUCGAUGAAAACACCCCUCCCAACCUGGACAGGAUGUGGUCAGAUCCGCUCUACCAGGAAAUGUACCUGCAUCACAUGAUUCGCAGCAUGCUCAAGCAGCUGCAGCUCGGCGAGACGGACCAAUCUCUGCUCAGCUUCGUCGACAAAGCCAUGAAGAUGGAGGAACGCAAAAAGCUGCUGGAGAGUCGUUACAGCCAGGAGCUGAGCCUGCUUUACAUCCUGCAGGAGGACUACGAGCGAGCAAAGUACUACACCAGCAACGCCAUGCAGCUCUUUAUGGAGAAUUACUCCAGUGUGGAUACUCUGUUGACUCAGAGUCGACUGACCACCCUGCAGUCAGUGCAGGCCCUGACGGAAAUCCAGGACUUCCUGCUCUUCAUUAAAGGAGAAGUGUCCGUGAGUUCCCUCAAGCGGCUCAUCAGACUCUGGACUGAGCGAUAUCCUGAUACCAAAGCAGAUCCUGUGAACUUGUGGGAUGACAUCAUCACGUCUCGAUGUUUUUUCCUGGAUAAGAUCAGGGAGAAGCUGGGAGGCAAUGCUCCCAGUGACAGCAUGGAGGUGGAUGGUUCAGAAGCUAACGUUGACACGUUAGUAAAUGACUGCAAGUUCAACAUGAAGUUGAGGAUGGCUGACAGCGCGUGGAAGCAGAAUAACUUUCCUGUGGCCACCAAGCUGCUGAAGGAGCUCCACAGAGAUGCCAAAUCAAACAGACGCUGGCUGAUGCGGUGGGUCCACAGUUUCAGCCGAUAUAGCCACAAACGCAGCCAGACACAAGGACCUGUGGAACAGAUCAGCACCAUGAUGAAGACAAUCCCACUGCUGGAGGACCUGCAGGCUGACUGUCAGAGUGCCUCAUCUAAAGUCUUCAGAUACCAAAAGAUCCUCCAGGGUUCAUCUUUCCACAUCCUGGCCACAGCUGUGAGCAGAAGCCCCUCGGUGCUGGGAACCAUUGAUGCUGAAAAGGCUGAAAAAGUUGUGAAGCUUUCUGGAACUGCUUGGCCAAAUGAAGACCCGAAGACAGUGGAAGUCGGGCUGCAGUUGAAAGCUCUGAAGCUGCUGUGUGAUGCUUCCAGAAAGGCUGAUGAGGAGCUUCAGUCGUACUCUCAGGACUGUGUGGAGAGCAGCAGCAUCACUGAGACGUACAUGGCUUUGGCCAACUUCUGUGACAAAAUACUGCGAGAGGAGGAGCAGAGGGAAACAGAGAGCCAGUUCCCAGACCUGUUGUCGCUGCCCGUUCAUGUGGUGGAAAGCAUGUUGAAAGCUCUGAAGAUGAACUCUGAGGAAGCUCGACUGAAGUUUCCUCGUCUGCUGCAGAUCAUCGAGUCGUACCCGUCGGAGACUCUGGACCUCAUGACCAGAGAGAUGAGGUCAGUCCCCUGCUGGAUGCUGAUUGGCUGGAUCAGUCAGAUGGUGGCAAUGCUGGAUAAACCUGAAGCUGUGGCGGUGCAGCACUGCAUCCAGCAGAUCGCAGAGUGUUACCCUCAGGCUAUCAUUUAUGCUCUCAUGAUCAGCAGUGAGAGUUACAAUUUUGAGGACUCAGCUACAGGACACCAGCAGCAGCAGUUUGUUAACAGGCUGAGGAGCAUGUUGGAUAAGGGCGGAGCUGUGAAGAAGUUUGUGGACGCUCUGCAGCAGCUGACCAACCCAGACAUGAUCUUUAAGGACUGGUGGGAUGGCGUGAAAAAUGAGCUUGAGAAACUGAGCUUUGAUAAGAAACAGAUGAGCCAGCUGUACGCUGAGAUGUUCUCUUCACUCGGGGAUCAAAGCACAGAGGGACACGGGAUGUUUCGCAAGAAGUUCAUCAAGAAAUUUUCCAAAGAUGUGGAGAAAGUGCUGGGUCCUAAAGGUACAAAGCUGUUUGAGAAGAGAAAAGACAAAAGCAUGGUGCAGCAGGUGGAGGAGCUGGCUGCAUCCAUGCGAGAAUUUCAGAAGGAGCCCGGGAACCUGAAGGAAUACUCGCCCUGGCUAAGUGGAUUCAAAGCAGACGCUUUCAGCAACGAGUUGGAGAUCCCAGGACAGUAUGAUGGCAGAUCUAAACCUCUACCAGAGUAUCAUGCAAAGAUAACAGGCUUUGAUGAAAGGGUAAAGGUGAUGUCAUCUAUUCGUCGUCCCAAACGUCUGAUCAUACGAGGGGAUGAUGAGCAGGACCACCCCUUCCUGGUGAAGGGUGGAGAAGACCUCCGUCAGGACCAGCGCAUAGAGCAGCUUUUUUCCGUCAUGAACAUUUUGCUGAGUCAUGACGCUGCCUGCACACACAGAGGCCUGCAGCUCCGCACGUAUCAGGUCAUUCCCAUAAACUCCAGGAUUGGUCUAAUCGAAUGGAUGGAGAACACGUGCACCCUCAAAGAGUUCCUGCAUAACACCAUGACUGUAGAGGAACAAAAAAGAGCAUCUGGGUCUGUGAAAAACUACCAGGAAUGGCUCACAUCGUUUGCUCCAAAAGCACGAAUUGCUGCUGCGAUGUACCCUCCGGCUUACAAGAAAGCCAAACGUGCCGAAACUGUAAACAACUUUUUGAAGGUGAUGCAGUAUUUGCCCACAGAUCUCCUGAAGCGAGCUUUUCUGAAGAUGUGUAACAGCCCCGAGGCCUUCCUCUCUCUGCGCUCUCACUUCAUCAGCUCUCACGCUCUGCUGUGUGUCAGUCACUGGAUCCUGGGUAUCGGAGACCGCCAUCUCUCCAACUUCAUGAUCAACACAGAGACCGGAGGAAUGAUCGGCAUCGACUUUGGUCAUGCGUUCGGUUCGGCCACACAGUUCCUCCCUGUGCCUGAGCUCAUGCCUUUCCGGCUGACUCAGCAGUUUGUGAAUCUGAUGCAGCCGUUAAAGGAGUCAGGUUUGAUCCAGAGCGUCAUGGUCCACUCCCUCAGAGCGUACAGGGCAGAGCCAGACCUCCUGCUCAACACCAUGGAUGUUUUUGUGAAGGAGCCGUCACUGGACUGGAAGAACUUAGAGCUGAAGCAGCUGAAGAAAGGAGGAACAUGGACCGAUGACGUGAACACUAAAGAAAUCAACUGGUAUCCCCUCCAGAAGGUCAACUUUGCCAGAAGAAAACUAGAAGGGGCAAAUCCAUCUGCUAUAACCAGUGAGGAGCUGAAGCUGGGCCACGAGAAGACAGACGCAUUCCCAGGGAUGCAGUCUGUGGCCUUGGGGUCCGAAGAGCACAACGUCCGUGCUCGUCUUCCACCUGCAGGCCUGACUGUGGAGCAGCAGGUGGACUGUCUGCUGGACCAGGCCAUGGAUCCAAACGUGCUGGGCAGGGUCUGGGCCGGCUGGGAGCCGUGGGUGUGAGAAGUAAUCAUUCAGGGAAAUUCAAUUAAAGGUGAACAGCUAAAGGUACAGAUUUGUUGAGUGCUGGGAAUGUGUGGAAAUAAAAACUGGGAAUAUGUUUGCUCUGUUUAUAAAUCUUUAAAGAUCAUUGUAAUGCUAAAGCUUCCUCUUUUGUAUCUGAUAAAAAGUAAAUCUCAAGCAUUGUGUUGCUUAAAGAUCUGUUGGUCAAACUGAACUUAAAAUAAAGAUCUCUGAGUGGGGAAUAAAGGAG